CUAAACACCAACGCUUUUCUCUCUCUUCACUCCUCCCUCGCUUCUCCAUCUCCGCCUCCCUCCCUCCCUCCCUCUCCCUCCUCGCACCAAAAUUCCUCUUUUUAUUUCACCUCACGCCAAUCCUUACCGUCCUUUGCCCUCGCGUGCUCUCCUACAACCCAAUCCGGGCUGCUGGUCCUUGGAUGGACUCGGGUCUCGACUAGCUAUAGGCCCUGCUCGGCGCGGAGGGCGCGCGACACUCACUCCUAGGGUUCUUGGCCCGGGGCUUCUCCAAUGGUGCACCGCCGCUUCUCCUGGCCCUUCGGCGGCCAGCGCGCCUCCUUCUGUGGCAGCUUCACCGGCUGGAGGGAGUGCCCCAUGGGGCUCGUCGGGACUGAGUUCCAGGUGGUGUUCGAUCUCCCACCAGGGCUUUAUCAGUACCGCUUUUUGGUGGAUGGUGUCUGGAGAUGUGAUGACACAAAACCUAUUGUACGUGAUGAAUAUGGUCUGAUCAGCAAUGAAAUGCUUGUCACACUUGUGGAGAAUAAUACACACCCGGCUGUACAGCUAGAGCCAUCUCCCAUUAGAAGAAUGAAUUUGGAUGAGGGUACUAUCUUGACAACAAUGCCACCAGAACCACCAUCUCGAAACCCGGGCAUGCAGAUUGCAGUUUUCCGCCAUCGGGUCUCUGAAAUACUAUUACAUAAUACCAUAUAUGAUGUUGUUCCUGUUUCUAGCAAGAUAGCAAUUUUGGAUGCUCGGCUUCCUGUCAAACAAGCAUUUAAUAUUAUGCAUGAUGAGGGCCUUGCUUUGGUUCCUCUUUGGGAUGAUGGCCAAGGAACCGUAACAGGCAUGCUAACUGCUUCUGAUUUUGUAUUAAUUUUGAGAAAGAGGAACAUUCGAGUUCUGGGCCAUGAAGAGCUUGAAAUGCAUUCAGUUUCUGCUUGGAAAGAAGCAAAACUGCAGUAUUAUGGAGGGGCUGAUGUCGCAGGCAUGCAAAGAAGGCCAUUAGUUCAUGUUAAGGAUUCGGAUAAUUUAAGGGAUGUGGCACUGACUAUAAUACAAAAUGAAAUAUCUUCAGUCCCUAUCUUUAAGUCCUCGAUGGAUAUAUCAGGGAUACCGUUACUUAAUCUUGCAACUCUUCCAGGGAUUUUGAAAUUUCUUUGCUCAAAGCUCCAAGAACAACCAGAAGGUUAUCCCAUUUUGCGAAAUCAGAUUUCCAGUAUUCCUAUUGGUACAUGGUCGCAGCAUACUGGAAGGGCAAGUACUAGACAGCUUAGAACAUCGGGACUGAGUGCUCCUCUAAUUACUUGCCUGGAUUUUCUUCUGGAAGAUAGAAUAAGCUCAAUUCCUAUAGUUGAUGAUAAUGGAUCCCUUCUUGAUGUCUACUCACUCAGUGAUAUCAUGGCUCUGGCGGAGAAUGAUGUUUACGCUUGCAUUGAACUUGAGCAAUUGACCGUGGAGAAUGCUUUGGAGCUGCAAUAUCAGGUGAAUGGGCGGAGACAGUGUCAUACCUGUUUGAGCACGAGUACGUUGCUCGAGGUGUUGGAUCAAUUGUCUGUUCCAGGGGUGCGGCGGCUUGUCGUUAUUGAACCGAUGACUAGAUUUGUGCAAGGAAUUAUCUCAUUGAGAGACACAAUAACAUUUCUCGUUGGAUAACAUUUGUGUAGCCAUUUCAUACAUGAAAGCCUGUUGUAUUUGAUUGGGACAAAAUAAAAAUGUUGCUUUGGCA